CGUACUCUAGUACAUAUGGAGAGGCUAACCAAGAUACUGCCGAGACCGGCGACGGUUGUAUGCACUCUGUGUUUAUUGGGUAACAUUGCUGGGCUAUCAAUUGUGCUGCAGGAGACGUAUGAGAGUGUAUAUUACAUUCAUUUGCCUGUGGCAGAACCGAACAUUGCUGAUCUCAAGGGAGAGGGCACUGCGUUAUACGAUUACAUAGUAUGUGACUUGUCAAUUAUAUAG